AUUGCCGGUCGUUGAGUGGAGUGCGGAGACGAUAGAGGACUUCAAUGCGACUACAGCGGUGCUUGCCCUGAAGCAUGGACCGAAAAUUGUCAUCGAAAACUCCUUCCGUAAUGGCACGCCACCGGCUAUCACAUCACCGCAGCGCGGGAGACCGAUCGGCUACGGCCCUGAUCGUCAAUGAGGGGUCCCCUCUGCUGAUCGGGAAUGGUAGCAGCUGCUGCUCGUCAUCCGACGAACGGAUCCACAAUGAAUUGCUGCGGCAUGCACUGUCGCAUCAUCCGCUCCAUCACCACCACCAUUCUAAUCAGCAUCACAGUGAGGUUCAGCAACGGUACCUCAUCGGAUGCUGCUUACGAAAACAGCGAGUAAAGCCUCCAUCCACAUCAUGCAUCGGCCAAGGAUAUGUGCUCUCCUCCCCAGCCUCGUUGAACGGUUCGUUAAAGCGAUCAGAACCGAACGAUUCGUACAGUGGGACCCCGACCGAUUACCAUCAUCACCAUCACCACCGUAAUCGACAGCAACUCGUUGCAUCAUCGGAUGAACGGACAAUGCAGAUAGCAAACGGUGCCGGCACUCCUCGACCCUAUCAUCCGCAUAACCUCGGCACGGAGUACGGUGGCCAAGCACCACUGUCACUGCCAGGUACGGUUUCCACGGUGACCCCAACCUAAUACCAAAGCCCGCUCCGGAAAGGGGCGCACGGCAUCGCGGAGAUAAGAGGGUGAUUUUUAUGGCUAAAUUAGUGUAAUUUAUUUAUAAUUUUAAAAAAUCAUAAUUUUUUCAAAUAAAAUUUGGUGCUAUACA